AACAAACAGUGUACAACUUGAACUUAUGCGAUUUGCUCCAUAAUAUAUUAUACAUUUAUUUGUGUGAUCUGUAUAUAAAUUAUUUGUAGUUUAUCAUUUUUAAAGCUCGCACAUUGAUUUUAUAAAUGUGAACCUAUGGAUGCAUCAGAUAUAUGUCGCGUGUGUAUGGAGGAUGACGGGAUUUUCACAUCAUUGUUCCAUUCGGAGGAAGACUGUGGAUUAUCUCCUGCACAUAUCAUAGCAAACUGUGCGGGUAUAUCGGUCGAGAAACACGAUGGUUUACCGGGAAUGAUUUGCAACGGAUGUUUACGCGCCAUCAACGAUGCGAACGCGAUUAUUUCCAAAUGUCGGAACAGCGACAGAAAAUUGAGAAAGAUUCUUUGUUUGAGCAACAUGACAAAUGUGAUAGGAAAACAAGAAUGUAGCAUUGGGGAAGAUAUAAAAGAUUCAGAAGUGUGUUAUUCAGAGCAGGAUGUGGUAGAAAGUAACGGUCCUUCCAUAUGUGAAACACUGCUGAAUGAAGAAACUAGCGUUCAGAAGGCGGGAAAUGAAGGUACUCUAUCAGAGAAAUCUGGUUCUAAUGCUGCUUCGGUAUCCUCCAUAACAAACGAGACAGAGAAUCGAGAAACACCUGAAUGUAUUCCAUCCGCUCAUGUCCUUAUAAAAGAGGACAACGAACCAAAUUUUCCAGUGUAUGAAGAAGAGUAUCUUGUUGAAGAACUUAAGGAAUCUCUAGACGAACAUAUCCAAGAUGUUGCGGAUAAAAAAUGCAAUCCGUUUCAAAAUAUGGAUAAUCAUUGCUAUAUGGAGGAAAACACGAAUCUUGGUAUUGAAGUGGAUGGUUCUGAGAUUAUUAAUGAUGCGGAUGAGAAAUUAGCCAUAAAAAUGGAAGUUGAAACUCUGGAUGAGGAGCAUUACGAAAAUUACGAAGCAAUAGAGGAGGAGCAACAUGACAGCAAGGAACUCGAAUCGGAACAUUCUAUAGAAAGUAUCAACUGUUGUGGGUGUUCAAUAGAGUUCCAGACAAGACAAGAGCUUGAGACACAUUCAAUAUCCGUGCACUUACCACUACAGGAUAAAAAGUGCACCACAGAAGAUUGGUUCUCGUGUGACAUUUGUUAUAAGAAGCAUAGUUCUCUAAAAGCUCUGAAGUUUCAUAAUGCUAAUCGUUAUAAUAAAAAAAUGCGCACGUGUGCAUGUUGCCAUCUAGUUUUGCAUAGUAUACGUAGAAAAAGACAGCAUGAACAAUUGCAUAAGACACUUCCCGCUGAUCAUGAAAUUAAAUGCUGUGGAUGUGAUCAAAUAGUUCCAUUUAAACAACUCGGCAUGCACUCGGAUAGUGUUCACAAAAGAGUCGACCAAAUACAUCGAACAAGUUUUGUUUGCGAGGUCUGUUUUCUGGAUUGUAAAUUCAAGCAGAGACUUGAAAGUCACCAGGCAAAACACGAUUUCUUCCAUAUAAAGACUCAGUUGACAAAUUCUAAACAACCUGAAGCAUCGUUUAAUGUUACUUCCGCUAAAAUCGAUGGAAAACAUCGCUUCAUAUGUGAUAUUUGCAGGAAGGAUUUUUCGACAAAAGGAAAUCUGAAGUCCCACCGCUUGCUUCAUGAUGCAUCCAAUAAAUCGUUCAAAUGCACCAUAUGCGAAAGAGAUUUUUCAAAAAAGAGUAACUUCAAAGUACAUAUGUUGAGGGCACAUUCGGCAGAAAGUUCAUUCUGUUGUACGGUUUGUAAUAAAAGUUUUAAGUGCUCCACAAAUUUGAAAACUCACAUGAGGGUUCACACAAAAGAGAGGCCAUAUUUUUGUACUUUUUGUUCCAAAACAUUCGCCCAUUUAUCGGAUAAGCGGAGGCAUGAAAUAGUGCACUCAGGGAAUUACCCUUACAAGUGUGAACUAUGCAACAAACCAUUUACCAGAAGGACGCUAUUAAGUAAGCAUAUUAAUAGUUGUGGCAAACGCGUUCUCAGGAGGCAUCUUCCAUCGACCAAAAAUAGCAAACAAGUAACGGGAAGUAUUGGAGGUCCCGGUACCUCUCCAAUGUUGCCAUGCGAUCUUUGUGAAGAAUGGUUGGCAUCGGUUGAAGACCUUGCUGAUCAUCAUGCUGAAAUGCAUACACAGACUUUAGAUGAUACGACAUAUGAAGCGGAGGUUGAAAUUGAAUAAGGUGCAUUGUGAUCGAAUAAAAACAAACAUGUUGAAAUCAA